CACUGUCUCCAAGAUGGCGGCCGUGUCAGUUUGGGGCAUCUCCGCGGUCCGGCCCGGGGCCCCGGUAUCCCGGCUCUCUUCUCCCCCGGCAUAAGAUGUGCAUUUUCUGCUCUGAAGCUGGGAAUGAGGUCUGUGGACUUCUUACAACUUUGAGAAGAGACCUAUGUGUGGUGCUAUUGAAAACUUUAUUGGGAAGUUUCUGAAGUAAGAGUGGGAAGGCAUUCUAUUUUGUGAAAGGAGGAAGGACUCAGGCCAGAAAACUUGUAUGCUAUGGUUAAUUGGUUCCCAUCCUCCGAGAAUCUUGUUUUCCAUGGUGUGAAACUUACUGAGCAUCAGGAUAAGGGAUAACGACUCUAUGGAUAUACAGAAUCCUUCACCAUGGUAAAACUCGCUAACCCGCUGUACACUGAGUGGAUUUUGGAGGCCAUCAAAAAAGUGAAGAAGCAGAAACAGCGUCCUUCAGAAGAGAGGAUAUGCAAUGCGGUGUCUUCAUCCCAUGGCUUGGAUCGUAAGACUGUUUUGGAACAAUUGGAGUUGAGUGUUAAAGAUGGAACAAUUUUAAAAGUCUCAAACAAAGGUCUCAAUUCCUAUAAAGAUCCUGAUAAUCCUGGGCGAAUAGCACUUCCUAAACCUCGAAACCAUGGAAAAUUGGAUAAUAAACAAAAUGUAGAUUGGAAUAAACUGAUCAAAAGGGCAUUUGAGGGUCUGGCAGAGUCCGGUGGCUCAACUUUGAAAAGUAUUGAGCGCUUUUUGAAAGGUCAGAAGGAUGUAUCGGCAUUAUUUGGAGGCAGUACUGCCUCCAACUUUCACCAGCAGUUACGAUUGGCUAUCAAACGUGCCGUUGGUCAUGGCAGACUCCUUAAAGAUGGUCCUCUCUACCGGCUCAACACUAAAGCAGCCAAUGCUGAUGGGAAGGAGAGUUGUGAGUCUCUUUCCUGUUUACCUCCAGUAUCACUGCUUCCACAUGAAAAGGACAAGCCGGUUGCUGAACCAAUCCCCAUCUGUAGUUUUUGUCUUGGUACAAAAGAACAAAACCGGGAAAAGAAGCCAGAGGAACUUGUCUCCUGUGCAGACUGUGGCAACAGUGGUCAUCCAUCCUGUUUAAAAUUUUCCCCCGAACUAACGGUUAGAGUGAAGGCCUUACGGUGGCAGUGUAUUGAGUGUAAAACAUGCAGCUCCUGUCGAGAUCAAGGCAAAAAUGCAGAUAACAUGCUCUUUUGUGACUCAUGUGACCGAGGUUUUCACAUGGAAUGUUGUGAUCCACCACUCACUCGGAUGCCAAAAGGCAUGUGGAUAUGUCAAAUAUGUCGACCUAGAAAAAAAGGACGAAAACUGCUACAAAAGAAGGCAGCACAGAUAAAACGGCGCUAUGCUAAUCCAAUAGGACGUCCAAAAAACAGGUUAAAGAAACAAAACACGGUAUCAAAAAGUCCCUUCAGCAAAGUUCAAACUGGCCCUGGAAGGGGUCGGAAACGUAAAAUCACUCUCUCCAGCCAAUCAGCAUCAUCAUCAGAAGAAGGAUAUUUAGAGCGAAUAGAUGGCUUGGAUUUCUGCAGAGAUAGCAGUGUCCCCUUGAAGUUCAACAAGAAAACCAAAGGGCUCAUUGAUGGCCUUACCAAAUUCUUCACCCCUUCCCCUGAUGGGCGGAAAGCUCGAGGGGAAGUGGUAGACUACUCUGAGCAAUAUAGAAUCAGGAAAAAGGGCAACAGAAAAUCAAGCACUUCAGAUUGGCCCACAGACAAUCAGGAUGGCUGGGAUGGCAAACAAGAAAGUGAGGAGCGGCUUUUUGGGAGCCAGGAAAUCAUGACUGAGAAAGAUAUGGAAUUAUUUCGUGAUAUCCAAGAACAAGCAUUGCAGAAAGUUGGAGUAACUGGUCCCCCUGAUCCACAAGUUCGUUGUCCCUCUGUCAUUGAGUUUGGAAAGUAUGAAAUUCAUACCUGGUACUCCUCCCCAUAUCCUCAAGAAUACUCAAGGCUGCCUAAAUUGUAUCUUUGUGAGUUCUGUCUAAAAUAUAUGAAAAGUAGAACUAUUCUACAGCAACACAUGAAGAAAUGUGGUUGGUUCCAUCCUCCCGCCAAUGAGAUUUACCGAAAGAAUAAUAUUUCUGUCUUUGAGGUUGAUGGGAAUGUGAGUACCAUUUAUUGUCAAAACCUGUGUCUCUUGGCAAAAUUGUUUCUUGACCACAAAACACUCUAUUACGACGUGGAACCAUUUCUUUUUUAUGUACUAACACAGAAUGAUGUCAAGGGCUGCCAUCUUGUUGGCUACUUUUCUAAAGAAAAGCACUGCCAGCAGAAGUAUAAUGUUUCCUGUAUAAUGAUUCUUCCCCAGUACCAGCGCAAGGGCUAUGGGAGGUUCCUCAUCGAUUUCAGUUAUUUAUUAUCAAAGCGCGAAGGCCAGGCAGGGUCUCCAGAGAAACCACUCUCAGACCUCGGGCGUCUCUCAUACAUGGCUUACUGGAAGAGUGUAAUACUGGAGUGCCUUCAUCACCAAAACGACAGGCAGAUCAGCAUCAAGAAACUAAGUAAGCUAACGGGGAUAUGCCCUCAAGACAUCACCUCCACACUGCACCACCUACGAAUGCUGGACUUCCGUAGUGACCAAUUUGUGAUUAUCCGCCGGGAAAAACUUAUUCAGGAUCAUAUGGCAAAGCUUCAACUGAAUCUUCGACCUGUGGAUGUAGAUCCAGAAUGUUUACGCUGGACUCCUGUCAUAGUCUCCAACUCUGUUGUCUCAGAAGAUGAAGAAGAAGAGGCUGAUGAGGAAGAGAAUGAAGAGCCACAGUGCCAGGAAAGAGAUUCAGAGACCAAUGUGGGAAAGUCGGUGUCUCGGGAAAACAAAGAACAAGAUUCUUAUUCUUCAGUAGAAAGUGAAAAGAAACCAGAAGUUAUAGCUCCUGCUGGUUCUACACGAUUGAACAAACAGGUCCUUCCCCGAGACAGUCUUCCUGCAAACAGCCAGCCCUCUCGGCGGGGCCGCUGGGGGAGGAAAAACAGAAAGUCCCAAGAGCGGCUUGGUGAUAAAGAGUCUAAACUGCUCUUGGAAGAGCCUUCAUCAGCUCCCCAGGAACAAUAUGGAGAAUGUGAGGAAAAAUCGGAAACCUCCCAAGAACAAUAUGCCGAGGGCGAAGAACAAUUGACAGCCUCUCAGGAGCAGCCAAGCCAGGAGGGAAAGCCAGACAUACCCAAAAGAAGAUUGAGUGAGGGGUCUGAGCUAUGGCGGGGACAGCUAAAGAAAAGCCCUGAGGCUCUGAAGUGCAGAUUACCUGAAGGAAACGACAGACUGCAGCGCUGCUACAGUGACGGUGACAGGACUGUCCUUCAGGGCUUCAGUGAGAGUAGUGAAGAGGAGGAAGAACCAGAAAGUCCGCGGUCAAACUCACCACCAAUUCUUACCAAACCCACUUUAAAGAGAAAGAAACCAGUUCUUCACCGAAGAAGGAGAGUCCGAAAACGGAAACACCAUAAUAGCAGUGUAGUCACAGAGACUAUUUCUGAGACUACAGAGGUAUUAGAUGAACCUUUUGAAGACUCUGAUUCUGAGAGACCAAUGCCAAGGUUAGAACCCACAUUUGAGAUUGAUGAAGAGGAAGAGGAGGAAGAGGAGGAGGAGAACGAGCUCUUCCAUAGAGGAUACUUCCAUCGCCUGUCCUCGCAAGGUGUUCUCAGGUGCCGAUCCUCUUCAAAGAGGAAGUUGAGAGAGGAAGAGGAAGAUGAAGAAUCAGAUGAUGCUGAUGACACUCCUAUCCUAAAGCCAGUAUCUCUCUUACGAAAAUGUGAUGUGGACAGUUCUUCCCUUGAGCCAGAUACAUCGACACCUAUGAAGAAGAAAAAAGGAUGGCCCAAAGGCAAGAGCCGCAAACCAAUCCACUGGAAGAAAAGACCUGGUCGAAAACCGGGACUUAAGUUGAAUCGGGAAAUCAUGACCAUUUCUACUCAAGAAUGCAUCAUUGAGCCUAUUGUCCCCAUUCCUAAACCUGGGCGCAAAACUAAAACUCAAGAGAAUGAAGAAACUGUGGAGCUAAAAGAAGAUAUGCCCUUAUUGGAAGAAAGGAAGGAAGAAGAGAUGCAGAUGGAAACAGAAGAGGUUGAAGAGGGAGAGGAAGAGGACACAACAGGCAGUGAGGUUAGAGCUGCUUCUCCAGUGGAUAGCAGCAACAGUCCUGAGAUAGAAGCAAAAGAGCCUGAGGUGGAGGAGGAGGAAGAGAAACCUCGAGUGUUAGAAGAGCAAAGACAGUCAGAGGAGGAGCCACAAGAACUGGAAGAACAAGAGCCAGAGGAAGAAGAUGAAGUGACCAUAGAGGCAAACCAGAAUGAAGACCAUGAUGCUGAUGAUGAAGAUGAUGGUCAUCUGGAAUCUUCAAAGAAAAAGGAGUCAGAAGAACAGUCAGUUAGAGAAGAUGUCAAGGAGGAACCUGGCAGUCAAGAGUCUUUUUUAGAUACUAACCUGCAGAACAGUAGGGAAAAUAUAAAAGAUAAAAAUGAAACAGAACCAGAUUCUGAAGAGGAACAACCUUCCCAUGAGGCAUCUGUGGUGUCAGAGCAUAUGCCAGGGUCUGAAGAUGACCAUGAAGAAGAUUCAAACACUAAGGAAGAAUUAAUUGAGUUAAAAGAGGAAGAAGAGAUUCCUCAUAGUGAAUUGGACCUAGAAACUGUACAGGCAGUGCAGUCUUUGACUCAAGAAGAAAGCAAUGAGCAUGAGGGAGCCUACCAGGACUGUGAAGAGACCCUUGCAGCUUGUCAGACUUUGCAGAGUUACACCCAGGCCGAUGAAGACCCUCAGAUGUCAAUAGUUGAAGACUGCCAUGCUUCAGAACAUAAUAGCCCAAUAUCUUCAGUUCAGUCUCAUCCCAGCCAGUCUGUCCGUUCGGUCAGUAGCCCCAAUGUGCCUGCCCUGGAAAGUGGUUACACACAGAUCAGCCCGGAACAGGGCUCCCUGUCCGCACCCUCUAUGCAGAACAUGGAGACCAGCCCCAUGAUGGAUGUGCCUUCCGUAUCAGACCACUCGCAGCAGGUGGUAGACAGUGGCUUCAGUGAUCUGGGCAGUAUUGAGAGCACCACAGAAAACUAUGAGAAUCCAAGCAGCUAUGAUUCCACAAUGGGAGGCAGCAUUUGUGGGAAUAACUCCUCUCAAAGCAGCUGUUCCUAUGGUGGGUUGUCAUCCUCCAGCAGCCUCACCCAGAACAGCUGUGUUGUCACUCAGCAGAUGGCAAACAUAGGCAGCAGCUGCAGCAUGAUGCAGCAGAACACUGUCCAGCCUGCUUCCAACUGCAAUAUCAAGUCACCUCAGAGUUGUGUGGUGGAGAGGCCUCCUAGUAACCAGCAGCCGCCGCCGCCGCCACCACCACAGCAACAGCAGCAGCAGCAGCAGCAGCAGCCCCAGCAGCAGCAGCAACAGCAACAACAACCAGCACCACAACCUCCACCACCCCAGCCACAACCACAACCACAGCCACAGCCACAGCCACAGCAGCAGCAGCAGUCUCAGUCCCAGCAGCCUCAACCUCCACCCCCACCCCAGCAGCAGCCCCCACUGUCACAGUGUAGUAUGAAUAAUGGUUUCACUCCAGCUCCUAUGAUAAUGGAGAUACCAGAAUCUGGAAGCACUGGGAACAUCAGUAUCUAUGAAAGAAUUCCAGGGGAUUUUGGUGCCAGCAGCUACUCUCAACCAUCAGCCACCUUCAGUUUAGCCAAAUUGCAGCAGCUGACUAACACCAUUAUGGACCCUCAUGCCAUGCCUUAUAGCCAUUCUCCUGCUGUAACUUCCUAUGCAACCAGUGUUUCUUUGUCCAAUACAGGACUGGCUCAGUUAGCACCAUCUCAUCCAUUAGCUGGGACCCCUCAAGCACAAGCCACCAUGACACCACCCCCCAACUUGGCAUCCACAACCAUGAACCUCACGUCACCUCUGCUCCAGUGCAACAUGUCUGCCACCAACAUUGGUAUUCCUCACACCCAGAGGUUGCAAGGGCAAAUGCCAGUCAAGGGGCACAUUUCUAUCCGCUCCAAAUCUGCACCACUUCCCUCAGCAGCGGCUCACCAGCAGCAGCUGUAUGGCCGCAGCCCACCUGCGGUUGCCAUGCAGGCUGGCCCUCGUGCACUGGCUGUUCAGCGUGGCAUGAACAUGGGGGUUAAUUUAAUGCCAACUCCCGCCUAUAAUGUCAACUCCAUGAAUAUGAACACCUUGAAUGCCAUGAACAGUUACCGGAUGACACAGCCCAUGAUGAACAGCAGUUACCAUAGUAAUCCUGCCUACAUGAACCAGACAGCACAGUAUCCUAUGCAGAUGCAGAUGGGGAUGAUGGGGAGCCAGGCCUAUACCCAGCAGCCUAUGCAGCCAAACCCUCAUGGAAACAUGAUGUACACUGGCCCCUCCCAUCACAGCUAUAUGAAUGCUGCUGGUGUACCCAAGCAGUCACUCAAUGGACCUUACAUGAGAAGAUGAGCAAGGAAAACCUAUAGUUAAAACUUAAAUAUAUAUAAAGAAAGGAACUUUUUAUACUGACAAA